GUCUCCACUACUGGGCCGAGCCCAAGUGAUAGCCAGCCCAAUUUGGGACGCGCCACUGUCUUCGGUUUCGUUUCCCUUCCUUCGCCGCUCCCGCCCGCCCCAAAUGCUAUGCGACUUCCCGCCAUCCUCGCCGACCCGCGCCGCCUCCGCCGCGUCCUCUCCUCCCCCGGCGCCACGCUCGCGACGCUCACCCGACUCCACGCCCUCCUCGUCGUCUCCGCUUCCCACCACGAUCUCCUCCCCACCCUCGCCGCCGCCUACGCCCGCGCCGGCGCGCUCGCCGCCGCGGAGUGGACCCUCGCCACCUCCCCCGCCUCCCCCUCCUCCAUCGCCGCCUGGAACGCGCUACUCGCCGCGCACUCCCGCUGCGGGUCCCCCACCGCGGCGCUCCGCGUCUUCCGCGCGCUCCCGCCCGCCGCGCGGCCCGACAGCACCACCUUCACGCUCGCGCUCUCCGCGUGCGCGCGCCUUGGGGACCUUGACGCCGCGGAGGCUGUCAGGAGCCGCGCGUUCGCGGCUGGGUACGGGAGCGACAUCUUCGUCUGCUCGGCGCUGCUGCAUCUCUACGCGAGAUGCGGCGCCAUGGGCGACGCCGUCAGGGUAUUCGACGGAAUGCCGAGGAGGGACCGCGUCACCUGGAGCACUAUGGUGGCUGGGUUCGUGAGUGCGGGGAAGCCGGUGGAGGCACUUGGGAUGUACAGGAGGAUGAGUCAGCAUGGCGUGGAGGGGGAUGAAGUGGUCAUGGUUGGGGUUGUGCAAGCGUGCGCGGCAACCGGGGACGUCCGGAUGGGGGCCUCAGCUCAUGGGUAUCUCUUGCGUCAUGGAAUGGGGAUGGGCGUUAUUACAAUGACAAGCCUUGUGGACAUGUACUCGAAGAAUGGACGGUUUGAUGUGGCACGUCGGGCAUUUGGGUCGAUGGUGCAUAGGAAUGCUGUUUCAUGGAGCGUGCUGAUCUCAGGGUUUGUGCAGAAUGGGUGUGCAGAUGAGGCACUUGGCAUGUUCAGAGAGAUGCAGGUUUCUGGGAUUCAAUCUGAUUCGGGAGCUCUUGUUAGUGCGCUGCUAGCUUGCGCUGAUAUGGGACUCCUGAAACUAGGGAAGUCGAUACAUGGUUUCAUCCUAAGGAGGCUUGACGUUGACUGUAUUUUGGGCACAUCAGUUAUUAACAUGUACUCAAAAUGUGGCUCCCUGGCAAGUGCCCAAAGGCUUUUCAAUAGGGUUGGCUCGAGAGACUUGGUUUUGUGGAAUGCGAUGAUUGCAUGCUGUGGCGCUCAUGGACGAGGUCAUGAUGCCCUGUCUUUGUUCCAAGCAUUGAUUGAAACCGGAACAAGACCUGAUCAUGCCACAUUUGCUUCUCUUUUGUCGGCUCUAAGCCACUCUGGUCUCGUGGCGGAAGGGGAAUUCUGGUUCGAUCACAUGAUUAACGAGUUCAGCAUUGAACCUUCGGAGAAACACUAUGUCUGCAUAGUUGAUCUUUUAGCACGUUCUGGUCUUGUGGAAAAAGCCAAUGACCUGCUCACAUCGAUGCCAACUGAACCAACAAUUGCAAUUUGGGUCGCUCUACUCUCAGGUUGCUUGAAUAACAAGAAGCUAGAACUUGGAGAAAGUAUAGCUGAAAAGAUCCUUGAGCUGCAACCUGACGAUGUGGGUGUCCUUGCAUUGGUCUCAAAUCUUUAUGCCGCUGCAAAGAAGUGGGACAAGGUCAGGGAAGUUAGAAAACUAAUGAAGGAUAGCGGCAGCAAGAAAGUGCCUGGCUAUAGCUCGAUAGAGGUGCAUGGAACGCGUCACACGUUCGUGAUGGAAGACCAAAGCCAUCCUCAGCAUCAAGAGAUCCUAAAAAUGGUCGCCAAGCUUGAUUCCGAGAUGAGGAAGAUGGGCUAUGUUCCAAGAACAGAAUUCGUGUACCAUGACCUUGAUGAAGACGUGAAGGAGCAGCUUCUCAGCUACCACAGCGAGAGGCUGGCCAUCGCCUUUGGUCUGCUAAACACCAGCCCGGGGACAAGACUUGUGAUCAUAAAGAACCUGAGGGUCUGCGGUGACUGCCAUGAUGCCAUCAAGUAUAUUUCGAAGAUCGUGGACCGAGAGAUUGUUGUUCGAGAUGCAAAGCGAUUCCACCAUUUCAAGGAUGGAGCCUGCUCCUGUGGUGAUUACUGGUGAUUGUGUCAGACUGUCGAGGCCACCUGUCUGCUUUGUAGCAGGAAAGGUUCGCUGCACCUAGUGCUGAUUUUGGUUUAGAUAACUGCAGAGGACCAUCAUAGAAGAAUGUCAGUUGUCAUGUACAAGUAAAUCUGACCUCAAGCAAUCCUUUGAUUCACUAGCACAAACGGGACAAACAGACAAAUUGAUGAAAUUUUGAAAGGAGUGUUAUCAGAAA